CACAUCAGCUGGAAUUGAAGUAGCAUGUAAUGAACUAGUUUUCGUUGCACAAUAGUAAAUCAAGUGAGAGCUUUGUAUCACGUUAAUAGUGGUUAUUUAAACAAUUAAAACUAAGUUAUGUCGGCGCGCAAUUUAAUAUUAAUGGGGCAAUGUCUGCCAUGCAUAAAAAAGAAUGCUGCCAAAAUACGCAUACGCCGUAUGGAAUUGGAUACGAACUUAAACAUGUACUUUAAAAAAGAUGAAUAUAUUUUUGCUCAUGAUCCGCAACAACUUUGCAAAUCUGGUGAUAUAGUUUUAAUAAGAGAAUUAGCAGAACAAUUGUCCCGGCUAAUAACACAUAAAGUCGAAAAAGUUGUAUAUCCACUUGGAAACAUAACAGAUCCUAUCACUGGUAAAAAGGUUGUGGUUAGUAAAUACCGCGAGGAUAUAGAAGCCGCAAAUAGUUUAUAUGGCAAAUCCGAAAAAGGUUUUGAUUAUGAGAAGGCGCCGCAACGUGGUCGUCUUGAAGGUACUAAAGACUUUACUCACGGCGAAACCUACAUUAAAUACCAUGAAGAUGGAAAAGAUCAACCAUUUGCAGUAUAA